AUGGAACCCCAAAGAAACCCGAAUCCAGUCUUGGCAAGGCCACCAAUUACAGGUGUAAAUCCAAUCACCAUUCCAAUGAUUUGCCCCCAAUCAUUGGUAAAGAGAUCACCAUCGGCCUUUACUUUUGGUUUGAUCGUUCUCUUUCUUACAAAUGGAGACACCGAGGUUGAUGAAAAUAUCUUUGGUAUCGGGGUUACAACCUAUCGUACCUCCUCUACUUUGAAGAAUGGUGGUGCAGUGGUUUUAACGAACGAUGAAAAUUAA